AUGUCGGGCAAGAAGAAAAAUGCAAACAAGAAACCGGACCAGGAUCUCGAGGAUUUGGAUGCAUUAUUAGCGGAAUUUGGAACGGUUGAUAAUGCAGAGGCAAAACAAGAAUUACAAGAUCCCAAGGAAGUGAAGGUAGAGGAGAAUGUAUCUUCACAAACUUUGAAAAAUAGACUUAAAAAACAGAAGAAGAAGCAGGCGAAAUCACAAGCUUCAGCUACUGAAGAUGCUGGUUCGGAAGCAAACAAAGACAAUGCAAAACCCAAAUAUAUAAGUGCUGCAGCUAAAGCAGCAGCGGAAAGAUUGAGGUUGAUUCAAGAAAACGAACAGGAGAUGAAAAGAAGAGAAGAAGAAGAGAAAAGGAAAGAAGAAGAAAGACGGAAGUUGGAAGAAGAGGAAUUGCUGCGAAUUAAUGAGGAAAAACUUUUAAAACAGAAACAAAGAAAGGAACGUAGGGAACAAUUAAAAGCUGAAGGAAAACUUUUGUCUGCUAAGGAGAAGGCUGAAAGACAAAAGCGUGAGCAAUUUGUUGAAUACCUUAAACAGCAGGGCGUAGUAUCAGCAAAUGAUGGCUGCUUCGCUAAUUCAAAUAUUAACGUUGGGCUUGCAACAAGAAAGAAAAAAAACAAGUCUAACCAAAAAGAAGAUAUUCUAUCUACUAACAAUAUAGAAGAAGGUGAAAAUUGCAAUUAUAUAGAAACUCAGGCUGUAGGACAGGAAUUUGUAUUAGAUUCGUGGGAAAAAGUAAUUGAAAGCGAAGUGGAACAGAAAAGUAUGAAUGUUUCUAAAGACAAUAUAAACGACACACUUUCACCAAAGAAAACCGUUAAUAUCACAGAUAAAAACUACAUUGAGGAUUUAACGGAAGAAUCAGAUGAAGAUCAAGGAUUUAGAUCUCCAGUUUGUUGUAUAUUAGGGCAUGUUGAUACUGGAAAAACAAAACUUCUUGACAAAAUGAGAAGAACAAAUGUUCAGGACAAUGAAGCAGGUGGAAUAACUCAGCAAAUUGGUGCAACUUACUUCCCACCUGAAAUGCUUUCUGAACAAGUCGGGAAGGUUGAUGCUGAUUUUAAAUUGCAAAUUCCUGGACUACUAUUUAUCGAUACUCCUGGUCAUGAAAGUUUUAAUAAUUUAAGAUCUAGGGGUUCCUCUUUAUGUGAUAUAGCUGUUCUCGUUGUAGAUAUUAUGCAUGGACUAGAACCACAAACGAGAGAAAGUAUUGGGUUACUUAGAAGCAGAAAAUGCCCCUUUAUUAUUGCACUAAAUAAGAUUGACAGACUUUAUGGUUGGAUUCAGCAGGGUUGGUCUUCUUCUAGAUCAGCACUUUCAAUUCAGAAUGAUAGUACUAGAGAUGAGUUUGAUACUCGCCUCAAUAGAGUUCUUCUAGAGCUUUCCGAAGAAGGGUUAAAUUGUGAUAUUUAUUGGAAGAACGACGAUUUCAGAGGUAAUGUAUCAAUUGUCCCAACUAGCGCUGUUACUGGAGAAGGAGUACCUGACUUAAUUUAUCUAAUUGCUCAGUUAACUCAAAAUUAUAUGGGUCUUAACUAUUUAAAGUUGAAUACACGUGAACUAAGUUGUACUAUUUUAGAAGUAAAAGCUAUUGAUGGCUUGGGCGUGACAAUUGAUGUGAUUCUCGUAUCUGGAAUAUUGAGAGAGGGAGAUACAAUUGUUGUUUGUGGCCUAUCUGCUCCCAUUGUAACAACAAUUAGAGCGCUAUUAACUCCUCAACCAAUGCAUGAAAUGAGAGUAAAGGGUGAAUAUAUUCAUCACCGUUUUAUCAAAGCUUCGAUGGGGGUGAAGAUAUGUGCAAAUGGGCUUGAUGACGCUGUUGCAGGAACGCAGUUACUGGUACCUCCAAGGAAUUCAACUUCGGAGGAUAUCGAAUUGUUAAAGGAAGAAGUAAUGAAAGAUAUGGGGGAGAUUUUUAGUUCGGUAGAUAAAACCGGGAAUGGAGUCUAUGUCAUGGCUUCAACUCUUGGCUCUCUAGAAGCUUUGUUGGUUUUUCUAAAGUCUUCUAAUAUUCCGGUGGUCGCUUUAAAUAUCGGUACUGUUCAUAAGUCUGACGUUAGGAGAGCGUCCAUUAUGCAUGAAAGAGGUUUCCCUGAAAUGGCAGUUAUUCUUGCGUUUGACAUCAAGGUAGAUUCAGAGGCAGAGGUUGAGGCAAAGAAACUUAAUGUAAGAAUAAUGAAGGCAAAUAUUAUUUAUCAUCUUUGCGAUAUGUUUUCUAAAUAUUAUGGUGAUAUUCAAGAAGAAAAAAAGAAGGAAAAGUCACAGAAAGUUGUAUUUCCUUGUAUAUUAAAAAUUAUUCCUCAAUACAUUUUUAAUUCUAGGGAUCCAAUUAUUUGUGGUGUUUAUGUGGAAGAAGGUAUCUUAAAGCCAGGUACACCUUUAUGCGUUCCUGAAAAGGACAACUUAAUGAUCGGCCGUGUAAUUAGUGUGGAAUUCAACAAGAAGCCUGUAAGCGAAGGUAAGAAAGGCCAAGAAGUUGCUGUUAAGAUCCAACCUUUUGCAUCUGACACAAACAUUACUUAUGGCAGACAUUUUGACCAUAACGAUAGAUUAGUUAGUCGUAUUACUAGAGAUUCCAUUGAUAUCUUAAAACAACAUUUUAGAGAUGAACUGUCUAAGGAUGACUGGAAAUUAGUUAUUCAGUUAAAAAAAACGUUUGGAAUUCCUUAA